UUGGAGAUAAGCCGCACAAAGCAUUCUGAGCUAUAAAUAAGGAUUUGAGACUGGCUGCUCCAAGGCAUUGCUUCCCAAUCAAAACCAUGAAGAGCAGCUCUCUCGUUUUGCUGGCCCUUGUCGCUGUCGCGAGCUGCCAAGUUGUAGAAUGGGCAAAAUUCAAACCAGUACAUGAAAUUGUUCAGCCGAUUGUUAACAUCACAGUAGGCUUGUCUCCCCGCAUCGUGGGAGGCAUAGCGGCGAGCAGGGGUCAAUUCCCGUGGCAAGCAGCCCUCUUCAUCGACGGCAGGUCUUUUUGCGGAGGCUCCUUGAUCUCACCCAACGUCGUGUUGACCGCAGCCCACUGCACCGUCACGGCUAAGAGCGUGACGGUGUAUCUGGGCUCUCAGGACAUCUCGAAAUUCGACGAAUCUUCUCGGCAAAGCUUCACCUCCACCUCGAUUUUCAACCACCCUAGCUACAGGGCUUUGAACAGGAACAUCGAUUUCGACAUCGCUGUGGUACGCCUCCCAACUCGUGCCACAUACAAUUCUUACGUGUCUGCGGUCAGGUUGCCCUCGGAUUUGUCCAAAACUUACGUCGGGGCCAGAGCGAAGGGCAGUGGAUGGGGAAAGAUUUCUGACUCCACGAGCACCAUCAGCACAACUCUUAACUACGCCGACUUCACAGUCAUGUCAAACGCCGACUGCACCAGGACCUUUGGUCCAGCUAUCAAUAAAGACAAGAUCUGUGUUAGCACCACUGGUGGAAUUAGCACGUGCAACGGUGAUAGUGGAGGACCCCUGGUCUCUCAGGACGAGUUGGGUAGAUACAUUCUGAUCGGCGUCACCUCGUUUGGCAGCGGCCGCGGAUGCUCAGUUGGCUCGCCCGCAGUCUUCACCAGGGUGACAAGCUACAGGAACACUUUCAUCGCAGAACAUCUCGUGUAGGAAUUAAAAUAAAAACCAACUGUGCUUUUUAUUUUGUAAAAAAUUGAGUUUUAUUGUCACCUUGAUGGAUAACAAUUUUGACAGGAUCUGUAUUUAAGAAUAGCCCACUAUUGACCGAGGUGGAUAUUUUUGGUUGUUUAAAAUUACUUAACUAAUCUUUUAUAUCUUGGUUUUCUUCUCGUCUACCGUACAUAAAACUGGAAUAUAUACUUUUCGCUGAAACACGAUUUUCUUCGUUUAAAAUUCUCGUUUUGAUCGCAGAAAGAUGUUCUAGAUACCUAAAAAGACCGAUCGUUUUUGCGAUGCUAUAUGAGUGGCUCUCAUGUAUAAUAAUCUCCAACAAACAAUAAUAGUAACUUUCAAUAUUCAUUGUCAGAGUGGAAUAUAACAAGCAUGAGAUCAUC